AGUUUCUCUGUACUUCCUUAUCUGUAGCCAUGAUAACUGAGCUGCACUGAGAGCAUGGAGUCCAAAACAUGUCAGCUCACCUCGCUGUUAGCUCCUAUUGUCCUGGUUCUACUAUCACACCAGGUUAAUGCUGAUUGCCCUGCUGAUGGACGUACAUGGGUGCCAUUUGGCCAGAACUGCUACCACUUUGUCCACGGUGAAGAAGACCAAGCCAAAAGUUACACAAUCGACAAAGCAAAGCAUAUGUGCGAAGGCUUUGCCCUUCUGACAGUGCGCAGUACUGCCAUAAACAAAUUCAUUGUUGAAUACAGCCUCAAGGUGUGGAAAGGCAAUGUCAACGUCUGGCUAGGAAUGUAUUACGAUGCUGAUGAUGAUGAGUUUAAAUGGAAUGACGAAACUUCUGUGAGCUUUAAAAACUGGGUAGACGGGGGGUCUGAAUGGGAUGUGCCCCCAAUGGACACAUGCGUGGCACUGCACUCUGCCUCUGGUCAGUGGGAGAAUGUCAGCUGCUCUGAACAGCAGGAGAAUGGUGUGGUGUGUGAAGCAUCUCAGAUGGCAGCUGAGACAGGAAAAUACAAAGGCAGUCCUCUUCUCUCCGUGCUGGUGAUUCUGAGUGUACUGGUUAUCCUGGGAAUAUCUGCAGUUAUAUGGUUUGUCCAGCAAAGGAAUAGCACUAGCUCAUCGAUGCUGCCUUCCUUCGAGUACCAUCCUCCUUUCAAAUCACCCUCGGCUGAUGAGACAUGCCUGGUGGAGGCUGAGGAGCUAGAGGAAACUUCAUAAAGUGCUAUAACCCUGAUCAUAUUAAUGCUGAUGUUUUAUUUUCAGCUACACUGCAUUAGUUGUGAAAUGCCACUGUGGGAGACUGGUUGUUCUGCAAGUGGAUUAGUUGGUGGAUGUCAUGGUGCAAGUGGAAUAGUUGAUGUUUUCAGUUAUGCUAUUUAGCCUAAUGGUUUUUGGAUUUGCAAUAGCUAACUCUCUUUUAUUUUUUCUGUAGAUCCAAGGUUUGUCUUUUAUGGAUAAUGUGUGGCAGGAGAUGGAAAGGUGGAAUACCUGUCUUUUGUAGAAAAAAAAUCUUGUUCUUGAACCAUCCAAGUAAACAGUUUGGGAGAGCUCUUCUGCCUAAAUCUAAGCUAAAUGAUGGCAAUGCUAUAGCUUAUGGAAGCUUGUUGAUGUGGAGCUAUAAUCUAGUGGUCUGUAUACUUUAAAUGUUACAAACAAGCAUGUGUAAUAACUGUGAAAUUGUGCUUUAAAGGACUGCUUUUUUUAAUAUACAAGACAUAGUGCAAUUACAGUAAAUAUACAGGACCUAGUGUCAUUAAUUCAUUACCAGAUGCAACAAAUUGCAUCAGCAAGUAAUACAUUAAUUUAAAAUUAAAUGCAAUAAAUCAUUCAAAAAUGAUUGAUCUGAGAGAGUAUUAUGCCCAGGCUUUUGUGAUAUUUGUAUGCACCUUAUUUACUGUGCUUUACUGCAGGUCACUUUUAAGAUUGAAUAUAAUAUGUUUGAUUUUGUCCAGAGAGACACAGAGGUCACUUAUACAUUGCAAAACUGAUGGCUUUAUGGAUUUUUGUGCAUAAUUGAAUAAAGGUAAUUUUGUAGAACAA